CAAAAUGUAGCAUGUCUUUGGAAAUUCUAUGUUUCCAACAGCAUGCGCCAUCAAUAAAUUCUGCACCACGCCAGUGGCAAAGCAAGUCUGAUCCCUUGUAACAAAGUGAUUUGUAGAGUUAUGGAUCAGGGAGCAAUUGAGUCUAGUUUCCAAGCUCAAGCUCAUUUAUACAAGCAUAUGUUCAAUUACAUUGGUUCAAUGUCACUCAAGUGUGCUGUUCAGUUAGGGAUACCAGAUAUAGUCCAUAGCCAUGGAGAAUCCAUCGCUCUUUCUGAAUUGGUCUCAGCACUUCAGAUCCAUCCUGCCAAAACUAAUUGUGUAUACCGCCUCAUGCGCAUGCUGGUGCACUCAGGUUUCUUUGGUACAACCAAAGUUCACGAACAUGAUCAAGAAGAGGAAGCAUAUGUUCUGACACCUUCUUCAAAACUACUUCUCACAGAUAAGAUGAACUGCUUGUCACCCUUUGUCCUGGAAGUUCUUGAUCCUGUUUCAGUGAAUCCCUUUCAUUUCCUUGGAGACUGGAUCAAAGGGGACAAGAACACCGCAUUUGAGAUUGCGCAUAGCUUGUCCUUUUGGGACUACGUUGAUCAAAACCUCGAAUUCAAGGACCUAUUCCAUGAAGCAAUGGCACGUGAUUCUCAAAUGAUGAAUUUGGUUAUCAAAGACUACAAGCUUAUUUUUGAGGGCUUGAGUUCACUCGUUGAUGUUGGAGGUGGUAGAGGGUGUAUAGCCAAGAUAAUAUCAAAGGCAUACCCUCACUUGAAAUGCACAGUGCUUGACCUCCCUCAUGUUGUUGCAAACCUGCCUGAGAGCGAGAACUUGAAUUUCAUCGGAGGUGAUAUGUUUCAGUAUAUCCCUUCUACAGAUGCCAUUCUAAUGAAGCAUAUUUUACAUGAUUGGAGCGAUGAGGAUUGCAUAAAGAUUCUAAAGAAAUGCAGAGAGGCCAUUGUAAGAAACGGUGCAGGAGGAAAAGUGAUAAUCAUAGACGUCGUGAUAAACGAGAAGAAUGACAAGCAUGAACUAACCGAAGCAAAGCUCUUUAUCGACAUGCUGAUGAUGGUUACGGUUAAUGGAAGAGAAAGAAAUGAGAAAGAUUUCGGAAAGCUAUUUGUGGAGGCUGGCUUCACUCAAUACAACAUCAUGCCAAUAUUUGGUUUAAAAUCUAUCAUGGAGGUCUACCCUUAGAGGGGAAUAAUUAAGUGUUUUUUAUAUAUCUGUGGAGCUUAAUCCUAUAAGUCUUUAAAUAAAUCAUAUGGCCUGUAAGCUUAAUGCAUUAAUUUGAUAAUAAAAUAAAUGUAGCAACUGAAUGUAAGAAUCACAGCUACCUUCAUUAA